UUACAACCAGCAGUGGUUACCUGGCAACGUAGAGACUCCAACCGCAGUAACUCGUGUACCUGCAGCAAUGGAAGGAGACAGAGACAACUACUAUCUGGAACAAAUUACUAUUACUGAGGGAUCUGAAGAUGGCUACCAAUAUGAAGAGAUCCCACCUGAUGAUGACUUCAGCUCACCAGAUCAUGAUGAGGACCUUAUAAGAGCAGUGCAGACCAUUGAAGAACAGGCUGAAGAUCUUCAGUCACAGAGAUCUCCAGUCUCUUCCCAGCGGGCCGCAUCUCACAGACCUGAAGUGGUGGACGAUUUUCUGCGCAAUUUUCUGAUUAAAACGGGGAUGAUGAAAACUUUGGAGUGCUUUCAGACAGAAUGGUAUGAAAGGAUGCAGAAAGGUCUCCUGCAGCCAGAAGCCGUUGGAUUCAUCCCAGAUGUCUAUGCUCACAACCAGAUGUUGGAUACGGAGAUAAAGAGUUUAAGAAAGGAAGUGGAGACCUACAAGCUGGCUGCUAGUAAAGCUAAAGAAUCGAUGAUAAAGCUGCAGAAAGAGCGCGAUUUCCACAGGAUGCAUCAUAAGCGUGUGGCCCAGGAAAAAAACAAACUCAUUAAUGACAUCAAACGACUGAAGGAUCAUUAUGCAUCUUAUGAGCCACUGCUGAGGCAGCUGCAUGAGAAGUACCAAACAGUUCUGCGGCAGAAGAUGCUGACCAGCCUGGAGAGAGACAGAGCUGUUGGAGAGGUGACUGGUCUGCAAGCUACACUAAGAAAUUUGGAAUCUGGCCAUAAAAUUGAGCUUCCGGUGAAAAAAGAUGAUGUCAAACACAAGAAGGAAGAUGUUCCUACCCAGAAAGCUAUUCAAGAGGCUCGAGAGAAGGAGCUCCUACAGGAAGGGGUUGCUUCAUAUAACCCAGAAAAGGACCCUAAUAACAUUGUAGGAAAGAGACAUCCAAAGGUAGCAAGCUAGCUCACAUGAAUUCACAAUGGAGCAUGAAUGGAAUGAAGAAGAUUUUGGCAGUAGAAAGCUUUGAAAGUAGCUUUUGCUAUUGCUGAAGGGGAAAAGUGUCAACUAAGAUAGGAAAAAAUAUAAGCAAGACAUACAGUGACCGGAUCAAUACUGCUUGCAAUGCCUCUCCCCUGAGAUCUAUUAUAUAAGAGCAUAAUACAUAAAUUGCAGCGUCUCACAUGGUUUUUAAGUAUUGCUAUUGGAUUAAUUACCCAAUUACAGACCAGUUUUGUGAUUCUCAGGACUCGGCUUAUUAGG